AUGGGCAUUAAAGGUUUGCAGGGAUUAGUGGAAAGAGUUUUCCCUGAUGUGUGCAGAAUGGUAGACCUGAGAGAAAUGGCAGAAAAACAUCGCAUCGAUCAUCCUGAUUUCCCGCCUGUUAUUGUAGUAGAUGCCAUGAGUUGUGUUAAAUACUGGUACACACCAGAAUCCUGGGUGUGCGGUGGCCAGUGGCGGGAGUACCUUGCUGUUUUAGAGGAUUUUAUUAAAGCUUUUACAGCAGCUGGUAUCGAGUUGAUGUUUUACUUUGAUGGAGUGGUAGAAGAGAAAAAGAGAAAAGAGUGGAUCAAACGGAGGUUGCAGAAUAACAAGGAAAUAGCCAUAAUAUUUCAGUUUAUCAAGACUCACAGGAAGCAACCAGGGAGAGGAAUGUUCAUUGUUCCAUCGGCUUUGCCUGCUUUUACACGUUUUGCCCUGAAGUCGCUUGGUCAAAAAACAGUAUGCACAUUGCAAGAGGCAGACUUUGAGGUGGCUGCUUAUGGUUUGCAAUGUAACUGCAUAGGAAUUCUCGGGCAAGAUAGUGACUACCUCAUCUAUAAUACAUGCCCCUACUUUUCCAUUGAGAAGCUCCGUUUGGACAGACUGGUCACUGUUAUGUACUCUCGAGAAGAUCUUUGCCGUGCGUUGGGUCUUAGUUUGACACACCUCCCUCUCUUUGCUUGCUUGCUUGGCAAUUAUGCUGUUCCAGAAAGCUUGUUGGAAGGCUUUUGGCGUAAAUGUUUAGCCACCAGUCCUCACAAGAAUAACAGCUGCAACAGAAGAACAAACAUAAUUCUAGCUGUAGCAAAUUACAUCUCAAAAGUUCCAUGCUCAUACAGCAGCCUGAAACACUUGGAACAGAUGCUACCUUUGGGAUCAGACAAGACAUUACUUUACAGAGGAGUGGAGUCCUAUCUUUUGCCCGGGCAGCAGUCUCCAUGGAUUCCUCCCAACGUAACAAAUUGCCAAAUGUUCUCCCUUCAACAACAAACAGCCAUGUGCCAAGAUAAGGAAAUCUUUCAGUUAGCUAAAGAACAGCAUAUCCAAUCUGAAAAUUACGCAAUCUUCAAUAUCCUGAGUAAGGGAGAGAUUGAGUGCAGCAACUCUUUGGAAGAUGAAUGUGAUACAGAGAUUCCUGGACAGGCACUUAUUUACCGUCCUGCUCGUCAGCAUAUUUAUUCUGUCUUGUUGGAAUCUGGAAAAGGUGGAUCCUAUCCUUUGGUAAAAGAGUGGUUUGUCUAUUUUGGAAAUCCUCUCCAGCAGCCAGAGCUGGUACAACCUGUACAACCUUCUAUUCCAGGUGGAACACCUAAUUUGAAAACACUGUGGUUUGCCAAGGGACCUGAUGUGGAAAAGCAACGGUAUAGUACAUUUCUGGCAUGCUUUCACCUUCAGGACAGGAUGGAAGAGCUCCAAGCUCUGGAAGCACCUGUUGCAGCAUUCUGCUGCUUGCUGGCCUAUCUUAUGAUGCAGGUCAGUAGCCUCUCUCUGGAGGACUUAAAUGCAUUUUUGGCACUCAUUCUCUGCCUCAAAGGGAAGUCAGCUGCUCAACUGGCAGGUUUGCAGGUAUGGACUGGAAUAAUUGAGUAA